CCCCGACAGAUUUCCCGUUCAUCAGUGGCCUGAGUACGGAGUGGCGAGAAUACAGUGAGCUGAAUUCGACACGACUCGACCUGACUGAGGUUUGAAGUAACUGAUUUCACGGUUAUUUUGCCGGUGAUUUCACCAGGCGGUAUCCCGUUUCCGACAGAAGAAAAAUGCUGUGGAAACUGUUGCUGCCCACUCUGCUGAUGUUCGUCGCCAUCCGCGAGACAAUCGGCCAAGACUACUAUGGGGAAGGGGACUAUGGGGACGGGGACCCGCUCGUUGGGUUAGACCCGCUCGCUGGGGACGGUGGGUUCACUGGGGGCGCUGGAGGCGCUGGGGGCGACGCGGGCGCUGGGGACACCGUCGACCCGAACCCACCGACGCCCGCGCCCGAACCGAACCCACCGACGCCCGCGCCCGAACCGAACCCACCGACGCCCGCGCCCGAACCCGACCCGUUCGCCAACCGGCCGGUCCUGCCCGAUGGCCCGGGACCAGCUUGCUCCAUGGACGUCGUUCUCAUUGUGGACGAAUCCUCGAGCAUGUCGGUUUCCUGGUUCGAUCGCGUCAAGCAGUUCCUGGUCGACUUUAUAGGCUGCUUCUCCUUCCAUCAUGACGUCUGGAUAGGAGUAAUUCCAUACGAGUGCGUGCCGAGGACAUACUUUCCUCUGAGCCCACCUUUCGGCUCCUUCAUCUUCGACCACCUGAUGAAGAAGGGGGGCCUGAGCCGACCAGGCGUGGCCAUUCGCUUCAUGAAGGAUACGACAAGUUUCCGUGACGGGGUCCCCUCGGCGGCGGUAGUCAUUACGGACGGAUCAGCUCAGAGCGACAGUGAAGGACAGGUACAGGACGACUACGCGGCGCAGGCUGCCGAGGCCAGGGACGCCGGAAUCCAGCUGUACGCUGUGAGUGUUGGAGACGAGGUGGACGACGCUGCGCUUCAGGCCAUCGCCGGGAGCUCCGACCGCGUGUUCGACAGCGACAUCCCCUGCAAAGUCGCCUUCCGGAUACUGGCGGACCUCUGCACGUUAUCAGGUGUCCCCGGCUGUGUGUCGUUUGAGGGAGACUCCAUCCUUCCUCUGGGGACAUCUUACCAGCCGGAGACGGACGGUUGCAUCACGUGCACCUGCUCGGACGACGGGCACAUGAUGUGCUCGGGCGUGGGCUGCCCGCUGAGGUAUCCGCCCUGCAGUAACGAAGUGAACAUCGCGGGCCGCUGCUGUCCGGACUGUGUCGAUGACGGUCCUGUUCCGGUCGGCUGUUGGUACAACGACAUCCUCAUUCCCAUCGGGAUAGAGUACAAGCCUAACGACUGCAUGACCUGCACCUGCCCCGCCCCGGGAGAGGAGCCGUAGUGCGCGAGCAUUUCCUGCAUAGCUCUGCACUGCGCCAACCCCGUGAAGAUCGUGGGGCAGUGCUGCCCGGUGUGUGCCGGCUGUGCGUACCCGUACCCCUAUGGAGACGUCCUCAUCCCUGCGGGGUCUACUUAUCAGCCGGAUCCCUGCACGCAUUGUUUCUGCGACGCCGCCGGAGGACGGCCGAUAUGUGCCGUCCAGGACUGCGCGCUUCCGCCCUGCAACAACCCCGUGCGCGUCCCGGGACAAUGCUGCCCUGUGUGCGAGGACAUCGGCUGUCGGUACCAGGACCGUCUCAUCCUGCCGGGCCAACAUUACAAGGUGGAUUCCUGCAUGUCGUGCACCUGCCACGACCCCGGAAUGGACCCCAUGUGCGUCACCCCGGGCUGCAUGCCUCCGCCGUGCGACUACCCCGUGCGGAUCGCAGGGCAGUGCUGUCCAGUCUGUGAUGCUCCGGCUGGCUGUUGGCUCCGGGAGGAAAACGUCAUCAUUCCCGUGGGGACCGAUUACACG